AUCAAAUAUAAAUACAAUUAUAAAUACUUUGAAAACUAUUUCUAUACGAAUAAAAUAACUCAUAGAGCAUAUUACUAUUCAACGUGACAAGUAACUAAAUAAUUUUCUUGAAAAUAAUGCUACUUAAUACAUAAUGUUGAAAGUAUACUAUAAUUUUCAUCUAUUAACUUAUGUUAAUAUAUCAACAUGGUUUCUGAAAUUUCAUGGCAACUAUUAAAACAAGCUACUAUACUUGGUUUAGCACCAGUGUUAUGUAAUGAAGUUGAUCUACUUGAUUUAAGUAGACAAACAAAAAUAUCUGAUAAAAAAAUUAUUAUUAAUGUUAGUGGUGUACAUUUUGAAUUAACUGAAUCACUUGUUCAACGUUAUCCAUCAACAUUACUUGGUUCUGUUGAACGUGAAUAUUUUUAUGAUAGUGUAAAUAAUGAAUAUUUUUUUGAUCGAGAUCCAGAAUUAUUUCGAUAUAUAUUAACAUAUUAUCAACAUGGUAAAUUACAUUUUCCAAAAAAUAUAUGUAUAUCAGCAUUUGAAAAUGAAUUAAAAUAUUUUUCUAUUUUAUCUGAUAAUCUAUCAGAUUGUUGUUAUGAAAGUUUUAUUGAUCAUUCGAAAGAUAUAGAACAACGUUUAGAAGAUGAUAAAAAAACAUUUACACAAUAUAAAUCGUUAACUGUAAAUAGUAAUGUAAAAUUUCGUGAAAAAUUAUGGACAAUGUUUGAAAAUCCUGAAGAAAAUAGUGCAGCAUAUAUGAUUUAUUAUACAACUGGAUUUUUUAUAAUUAUUUCUGUUUUAUCCAAUAUGGCUGAAACUAUACCGUACAGUGAUGGCAAAUUAAAAGAUGUUUAUCCUUUACGAACCUAUGGUGAUAAAUAUGCAAAUAUAUUUUUCUGUAUAGAUACUGCUUGUGUAUUAAUAUUUACUAUUGAAUACAUUUCACGAUUAUAUGCUUCACCAUCACGUUGUAAGUAUAUGAGAUCAGUCAUGGCUGUAAUUGAUUUAACCGCUGUUUUACCGUAUUAUAUAAGUUUAAUUGUACCAGCUGGAUUACAAUUCUCAGGAUCAUUAGUUACACUUCGUGUAUUUCGAGUAUUUCGUAUAUUUAAAUUUUCAAGACAUAGUCAAGGGUUACGUAUAUUGGGAUAUACAUUGAAAUCAUGCGCAGAAGAAUUAGGUUUUCUUUUGUUUAGUUUAACAUUGGUUGUGAUCAUAUUUGCUACUGUUAUAUAUUACAUUGAAAAAUUUGAUGAAAAUUCAUCAUUCUAUAGUAUCCCUGAUGCAUCAUGGUAUACUAUUGUCACUAUGACAACAUUGGGAUAUGGUGAUAUGAUACCAUCUACAGUAUUGGGUAAAAUAAUUGGUAGUAUUUGUUCUUUAUGCGGUGUAUUAGUUAUAGCUUUACCAGUACCAGUAAUAGUAUCAAAUUUCUCACGAAUCUAUCAAAGAAAACAAAGAGCAAAUAAACAAGCUAUGAGACAAUCUUUACGUGUUGCAAAUGAACUUUCAAGAACAAGUCAGCCUACAUACAAUCAAACCAGAAUGUCAAAAGCAAAUAUUUCAACACAUUUGAAAUUAAAACCUUUAUUAUCCAAAUCAAAUUAUCGAAUAUCACAUAACUUUAUAGAACAUGGAUCGACAACACAAACAACUCUGAGAGCAUUAGCCAACUGGUCUAGAAGACGAACAAGACUGAGAUCUUAACUUUUUUCUGAAUAAAAUACUAUCAUCCGUCUAAAGAUAAGUAAAUUAGACAAUAAUAUUAGAUCCACAAAGUUCUCUUCCAAAUAAAAAAAACAAAUAUAAAGCAAAUGAAGUGUAUUCAUGAAGUGAUUUAUAAUAAAAUAUCUAAUUUCAUCAUUUUAUUUGUUAAUUUUUUUUAUUAUUUCUCAUUGGAUUCAAAUCUUUUAUUUGGACUGUUCUGUUCUGAAUAUGUUGCAAAUAUUAUUGGAACAAUUGUAUUUUGGAAAUAACUAUUAUGAAUAUAGUUUACAUCAGUAAAAUAGCAUCAAUUAUUUUUAUUGAUAAGACAAAUG